UGAAAGUGUCCAACACAGCCAACAUCUUCCACAGUCACCAUGUCUGAAGUCUCAAACGUCUCCGGCGACCUCAUCUGGGAGAUUGUCCGAGGCAACAAUGCCUACCUAGUCAAGCGCAGCAGCGCCGGUGGUGUUCAAUUCUCUCGAGACCCCUUCAACCUCACGAACAAGCACUCGCGAACACAUGAGGGAUUCGUCAAUGACAAGGCCGUCUCGGUCCAGGCCAACGACAAGGGCGGUGUCACGCUGAUGACCAAGAAGGGUGGAAAGUCAAACACCCCCAAGGCUGCCUACAACACACACGCAUACGGCAAGACUACGUCGAACAGAAAAAUCUUCAAGAACAUCGCAGACGCUGUCGGCAAGAAAUCAUACCGUGGUGACCUGAACAAGGUUGCCGUUUCCCGCGCCAGCAACCUCAAGUACUCCCAGGCACCGAAGAAGGAUACCCCAGAGCGGAAGCCUCGCGGCGGCAAGGCAACGAAGACGGAGGCAUAAACACCCUCGCUCUUGUCAGCAUGAAGGAAAGUUGGGCCUCGCUCGUGAGCGAUUGUUGACCGGGGGGUGUCCUGCUCCUGAGGUCAUCAUCCGAUGAUGGAAAAGAUCUCUCUGUGAGAGCAUGCUUUUCUCGGAGAGCUGUAGUGUCCCCGGAUCACGAUUCUCGAUUCACUCCCAAGCAUCCACCCAAGUCAGUGUGUGUGAGUUUUUCAACUCAGUUCCUCUACGGGCAUGGUUCGGAUGCUGCUCCAGCUCCAUAGCUUGGAAAUGCAUCCGAGGCAUCUCCUUCGACGAAGAUAGCAUUGGCCGAGUGGCAAGAUGAUGAAAGAACUGAAAAAAAUGCGAAUCUAGCCAAAAGGAGGUCAAGCCUCAUCCGAAGUAUUCUCGUGUGUAUGUCUGUAGCCUCG